UAAAUAUUUAAUUAUCUUUAUGCAACUUCAUAUAUAUUUAUUAUAUUAUAUAUUAUAUACAUGUGCUACAUUCACAUUUGUCGACAUACUUAUAUCGAUUAAAAUUAUGCGCGUUCGAUUUCAAAAUUUAAAUUUUAAAUUCGUGAGAUUAAAAUUUAUAAAUUUCUCAUAUAAAAGAGAAAUUUUAAUGAUUAAUCAUUAUAUCUACAUUUUUGUGAAUAAUAUAUUUUAUAUAAUUUAAAUAGUUCAUUACUUGAUCAUUAAUAAAGAAAAACAAAAAUAUUAUUGUUUUAAAUGUUAAAAUGGAAACGUCAAUCAAUGCAAUCAAUGUAACGAAUAUUGCCGAUUGUGUCGUAGAAUUGGUAUCAAAUUCUUUACACGUCAAUGCUACAUCAAUUGCAAUACGAUUUCAUAGUGAAGAACGUAAAAUUCAAGUAAUAGAUAAUGGUAUAGGAAUACCGAAAGUAGAAUUAAAAACAAUUGCAGAAUAUAAUAACAAAAAUUAUUGUAAUUAUCCAAUUGGAUAUGGUAUUCAUAACUGGAAAAAACAGACACUUAUUAAUAUUCGUAGAUUGUCUAAUGCAAUGAUGAUAACUUCUAGAUGUUAUAAUUCAUCUAAAACAUAUAUGAAGAUUUUUAAAAUAUAUCAGAAAUCAAACAUUGUCAGAAUUGAAAGAAGACCUUCUCAAGGUACCACAAUAACUAUUUAUGGAUUUCAUGAAUUAUCCUUAAGCAAAUGGAAUAUAACUUUUAUGUAUUAUUUAAUUGAAAACAUUGCUAUAGCCAAUCCCCAAACUUCAUUCACUAUUAGAGAUGAUAAAAUUAAAAAAAUUACCAUGAUAAUUACUAAGCCACAUAAUCCAAUAAACAUUUUUAAAUUCUUAUAUAAUAAAAAAGUGAUCUUUCAUAAAGUAUGGUUUAUAAAAUCUAUACAAAAAUCUGAUAUCAAAUUCUGUGCAUAUAUUGGAAUAUCAAAUUCUAAUUUUACUGCCUCUCAGCAUAUUUUUAUAAAUAAUAAACUUGUUCAUUGUCCUUUAAUUUUGCAAAUAAUUUCUACUAUUUUUAUCAAUACAUUAAAAUUCUUCAAAAAACAAAUAACAGAGAAAGAGACAAUUUUUAUUCUAUUAUUCAUUAUAUGUACUGAAUAUAUUUUUAUUAUAGAGAAUGGAAAAAGAACUUUAAUGCUUUCUAAUAUAUAUAAUUUAUUACAAAGUAUUAAAAACAAGAUAAUAAAUAUUUUUAUAAAAGACAUUAAACCUUUGUCUGUUAACGAUUUAAAAUGUAGCAAUAAAGCUAAUAAACAAAAAUCUAAAAACAAUGAAAUACAGCUAAUUACAGAUCAUUUAAUGCAAGUACAUGUAUCUGCUAUGCAAAAUAUUAAUACAAAAAACAUUCAAUUAACACUUUCUGAGUGGUCUAAUUGGUCUGAUUCUAAAAAUUUGAAACAAUGUGAAAAUAAUUCUUUAAGAUUUUAUAAACAUUUUGAUUUUUUACCAGAAAAAUUACAUAAACUAUUGCGUAAAGAUACAAAAUUAAUACAAACUAAUAUUUUAAAUGCAUAUAAUGAAAAUUUAUACUCAAUUAAAAUAAAAUCUGGAUUGCAAAGUAAAUUAAAUUUUUUGAAAUUAUUUUUUCAAUUAUAGGAAUUAAAUUAUAAAAUCUAAUUUAUAUUCUAAGUUUCAGAUAUAUUACCUCAUCAAGAAAUUCAUGUGCGUCUAUGUAAAAAUGAGCGAUUUCGUGAAUUUAAAAUAAAUAAAAAAUUGUUAAAACUUAUUAAAGUAAGUUGAAAUAAGAAAUAAAAAUUGCAAUAAGAAAUGCAUAUAGAUAUAAACUACAUUAUUUAUGUUUUUCAGAUAUUAGGACAGUUGAACAAUGAACUAAUAGUAGGAUUAAUAAUUCAAAAUAAUAUAAAGAUGCUUUUAUUAAUAGAUCAACAUGCAGUUCAUGAAAGGAUAAGAUAUGAACAGUUACUUCAUGAAUACAAAUCACAAAUAAGAAACCAACUAUUUUCUAUCAAAUUGAAAAAUCCUGUAGUUAUACAACUAUCUGCAAAGAGUUGCAAUUUACUUUCAUCUAAUCAUAAAAUAUUAAAAAGAUUUGGUAUAACUUUUAGUAUAUUAAAUAACAACAAUAUAAUAAUACGAGCAGUGCCAGAAUAUUUAAAAAAAAACAAUUAUAGUGAAUUGAAAUUAAAGUUAAAUAUACAAAAUCUUUUAAACGAAUUAAUACAAAAUUCUACAAAAUAUAUAAAUUAUCAAAUUAAUGAUUUACCAGUUACGAUACAUAAUGCAAUUGUAAUGAAAGCUUGCCAUGGUAAGGUAUGCUCUUUUUUCCUUUUGUAUAUUUAUAUAUAUUUUUAAUUUCAUAAACAAUUUAACAAACAUCAUAUAUAAUAUAUAAAGUAUAAAUAGAAAAGUUAAUAGAAUAUAUAUUUUUCAUUCAUACAUAUUAUUUAAUAUCAACAAAUACAUUAUCAUUAUUAUUUAUGCUGAGUAUUUUAGGAGCUAUAAAAUUUGGACAUUCACUAACAUUAAAAGAAUGUAAGUGGCUUUUGAAAUUAUUAAAUGAAACGAAAAUUCCUACUCAAUGUGCUCACGGACGACCAUCCAUAGUACCUUUAUUAGAAUUAACGAAUUUAGAAACACGGCAGAU